CAUCCACCAACCGGAACUAGUCAGGCAUUGGAAAACACCUCAGAGUCUCAGGCACGGUCGGAUUACUCACCUCAAAGUUUGAACAUGGAAACAAGAACGCUCUGUCACCUACCAGAAGCACCCAGGCUGUGAAACCCAACAAAACAACUUUACCAACUUCAGUCUAGGGGCUGAACAAAAGCUUCGGCACCAAGCAACCAGAAAACGAGACAAGAAGAAAGUUGGGGAAUGCAGAAUCGUACAGACGGGCCCAUGAGUGUUUCAAUAGGUGGUGGACAAGAGGAACGGCGCUCAACGGGGUCGGUUUUUCUGGGUGGGCAAGCGGACUCGCUUGCCAUGCACAUUUUGUCGGGUCAUCUCAGUGAUCCCUCUAAGGUGUCCGAUCUUUGCUUCUGCCUGGCCAGAAGCAUUGAUGAUGCUGUCGCAAAUAACGAGGUUCCACUAAAAGCACAGGAUUUGCCUAUGUUGGUUAAACAGGUAUAUAAGCAUAACAAUCAUUCUUCCCUUCAAGCAGCUGUAAUGGCGCUUAUGAUUUCUGUCAAGAAUGCUUGCAGGAUUGGAUGGUUUCAAAAUAAAGAUUCAAAUGAUCUUCUUACGUUGGCCAAAGAGAUAGGUAAAUCCUUCAGUAAUACUGAGGAUUUUAAUGUUGAACCAAGCUAUGCUCUGUCCAGCAUUUCAAAAAUCAUGGCUAGAUUCUAUCCACGUAUAAAAAUGGGCCACAUACUAGCUUCACUUGAGAUCAAGGCUGGAUACAGGGCUAUUGUCUAUGACUUCCAUAUUUUGAAGAGUACAAAAGUUCCUGUGCAAAAUCAGAUAGCUCUGUUUGUUGCUCAAAUGGAUAAUAUGGAGACAUCAUCUUGCAUUGUGACUCCACCUUUAGCAAACUUUCUGUUAAAUGGUAAAGGAGUGCAAGGAAGGAAUAACAUUUCCAUGGACACUGGACCACAGCUGCCAACAAAUAUUACUGCAAUGCUCAAAUAUGGAAUUAAUCUUUUUCAGGCUGUUGGGCAGUUCAAUGGUAAUUAUCUCAUCACUAUAGCUUUCAUGAGCAUGAUGCCAUUGACUGAUGAAACUCCAUCACUACAAGAUUAUGUUCAGCCUGUUGUUGGUCCAUAUGGCUCUGACACAACUAAGACUGUAUUACUAACUUGGAACAUGUUAGAUUCUGAGAUAAUCGAGAGGCCAUCACGCAUUUCAUUAAAUUGCCCAAUAAGCCACAAACGUAUCAAAACACCUGUGAAAGGACAUCUCUGCAAUCAUUAUCAGUUAGAUAAACAUACUUGUUUUGGGCUUCAUUGUAUCUUGGAGACAAAUUCAUUGGUAAUCCAUGUGCACACCGUUACAAGUGGGGGCAAAUAUUGUCUUAAGGAAAGCGACAUUGUAGCGCGCCUCAAAUGCUUUGAUUAUGAGAACUUCAUGGAAAUGAAUGCAAGAAGGCCACUAUGGUGUUGCCCAUGUUGUAACCAGCCUGUCUGCCACACAGAUAUACGCAUUGAUGAGCAUAUAGCUAAGAUCUUGGGAGAGACUGAAGAGAAUGUUGUUGAUGUGAUGAUCUCAGCAGAUGGAUCCUGGAUGGCAGUCUUGCAGAACAAUGACCAUACUGACAAAACAGGCCACGGGACACCAAGUUGUCAGCAAGAGAGACCUCCAUGUUUGCCUGAUGAAUUUUCUGAUCUUACCAAGGAAGGGGCAAAUGCUAUGCAUGUAUAUGGAGGUACUGGAAGACGACAUUUACUGGAUAAUCCUCCAUGCAUUCCAAGAAAUGUUGUGCAAAAGGAAGUAAAAAACUCUGACAGGUUGGACCAACAUGGUUCUUGUUCAACAGAGGAAAAUAUGUACUCAAGAAUUCCCAUGUCUAUUUCUGCUGUCCCACUUGGUUCAGUAGGCAGCACGUCUACUUGGGCUGGAACCCCGGACAGUUCCAAAUCAUCUUGCAAUUCAAUUCUUGCACCAGUCCUAACAGACACUCUUUCUCCAGUUCUGAACCAACAGUCUUUACAUGGGGGCUUGGAUAGAGAGCAGCAAUUGCUCAGGCCACUUGUGAAUUCUUUACCAGUCUCAAACAUGGCUUCAUCUUCCAUGCGCAAUCACACAUCAAUACAGAACCAGGAAGUUAAGAAGGACAAUAAUGUUUCUGGUCAAGAUGUCCAACAGGCUGAUAUCUUUCCCACUCAAGGCCAAGGUGGUUAUCACAUUUCCUCCAAAUGUUCCUCUGGGCAUCAAAAUUCACUACAAUCUAGCACUUCUCACCCUUCGGCUAUGACUCGGUCGCUAAAUUCUGUUCCUCCAUCGACUGUUGUAGAACCAGCGCAGUUUCAGCGAGGUGGUGGUAGUGGCCAAGCCAUGCAUGAUGAUAAUAGCACGCAAACACCACUCAAGUCUACUGCUCAACCAAUGGCUGAGAAGUCAAGAACACCACUAUAUGUACCGGUUCAACUCCAACCAUCCGGAACAGACUUAUCAUCGUCUCUUUCUACGGUUGCUGAGCGGCCUAGGGGGAGUGUGAGUGAGACAACACAUCCUCAAGGGUUGCUGGCUGAUGGUUCAGCAACCUUGACAUCAGCACAGAACUUGCAGCCCUCAGGCAGAAUGAAGGGAAGCCUCACGGGAAUGGAUUCGCUGGGGCAAGGAGGCAUGCCAUUCACAACACUCUUGCAGGGUUGUAACCUUGAUGAUAAAUUUUUGGAGUCUCAACAUACUCCACUAAUCGUCAAAGAGUCUCUACCCCAAGUUGAAAUGGUCGCUAAAAAGAGACAUUGGGGUGGCAAGUUCAGUGUGGAGGAAGACAAUCUCCUUGUGUCAGCGUGGCUCAAUACUAGCUUGCAUACUGUAACUGAGGAAAAACACAAGUCAUAUUGGGAGAGAAUUUGGGAGUUCUUUCUCAAGCACAAGGCCCAGGCGAUUUCUGAACGUAGUCCGUCCUCCCUAAUGAAUCGCUGGACAAUAAUUAAAAAUGGCAUCGAUAAUUUUUGUGAUUGUCUUGCCCAAAUCGAAUCAAUACAUCAAAGCGAUAUGACUGAACAUGACAAGAUUCUUCAGGCAAAGGCCAAGUAUCAACAGCUUCAUGAAACCUCUUUUUCAUUUGAACAUUGUUGGACAUCAUUGAGACAUCAAGGAAAAUGGUUGCAGCGCCGUAACCUCUUGAAAAGAAUUAGAAGACUACCAUGUAUGGCAUCUUCUCCAUCAACUCCAGAUUCGACAAUUCUAGGGGAAGAUAAUGUCUCCAAUGAUAGCUUUCAAGACUCGGAAAGACCGAUAACCAUGAAAGAUGAGAAGGAAAAGCGAAAGAGAGAAAAGAGUACAAAGUCAGAUGAUGCAGUAUUACCGAACUCCAUCAGGAAAGAUAAGUUGAAGAAACUAACUGAAAAUCUGGACGAAGCACGUGAUCAAGAGAAAGGGUUCACAUGUCUUGAGCAAGAAAAGACUCACUUAAAACAUUCAAUGGAGGAGGAAAAGAGGAUCUGCAUGAGGCAAGAAAUGUUUCGAUCGGAACAAGCUCAAAAAGAACUAAUCCGUUCGGAGAAGGGAAUAGGAAUACUUCAAUUAAAACGAGACAGACUUCAAGUAGAACGAGACAUGGAGGAAGUACGAAUUAUGGCGAUCGAUACAAGUGCCAUGUCUCCAAUGCAACAACAGUAUUUUCAGCAACGUCAAGUGGAAAUUCUUGAAAGGCAAAAAAUGAGUAAAUAAUAAUUAUUUCCUUUUAGUUGCGUAUUUUCUUUCAAAUCGAUAUUUUGACUCAUGAUGGGCUCAUUGUCUGAAGUUUGUGAGCAGAACUUGGUGCUCUUUUUGAUGAAAUAGCUUGUUAUAUAUUCACCUGUUAUGUUGCAUACUAUGUCCCAACUUCAUUUGAAUGGAUAUAAUACCUGAAACUUAUACCAUUUA